GAGAGAGAGAGAGAGAGAGAGAGAGAGAGAGAGAGAGAGAGAGAGAGAGAGAGAGAGAGAGAGAGAGAGAGAGAGAGAGAGAGAAGGGCCGAUUUAAAAGAGGAGUUUCGUCAUUUGGGGAAGUUUUGUAGAGCCACUAGUCUCCGCGAUCGAUCAAAGUCUGGUAGGCCUACUCAGGGGGCCGGUGUGCGAGUGACAAGAUCGGACAAUUUUUUUUCGCUCGCGUCACUUCUUCCCCUGCUCGCGGAUUUCUGUUUUAUUCCUCAACCCUUCAAAAUUCAACAAGUGACCGCGAGGAGAAGAUCGAUUCCCAGUAGAAGGCUAUACUGGGCGAUCCGGACCAUUAGGCCUACUUAAAAAAAGUAAGAGUCCGUGCAGCCAUGCUGAUGUGUGAUUAUCCAUUAAAAACAGAUAUGGAAACGUCGUUGUACCCCUCGUUGGUGAAGACCCCCGAGUCCUACAGCCUGGUGUUCUCCCACCUCUACCACCCCUCCAACGGCAGCGCCUUCGCCCCCGCCCACCACACCCUCUCGCACAUCCAGUUCCACGACUCCUGCCCCUCCUCCGCGUCCAGCGUGCCCCCCUCACACACCACCCACCUCCCAGCCGGCCACGCCCAGCUGGAGCCCGUGGACCUCUCGGUCAGCAAGCGCUCCUCCACCUCCUCCACCUGCUCCGUGUCCUCCACCUCCUCCACGCCGCCCUUCUCCUCCUCCCCGCUGUCCUCGGUACGCAGCUCCCCCCCCUCGCCCUACAGCGCCGGGAGCCCCGCCUCCCCCCGCUGCUCGCCGCACCGGCCCCAGCACCACCGCUGCUCCCCGCCCGGCUCCGGCCACCACGCCUCCGCCCUGCACUACCCCGCCAUGCUGGGCCCCAUCCUGGGCUCGGGGCCUGGGGUCUUCCAGGGCUCCGGGGUGGUGGUGUCCCCCGUGAUGCUGCCCGUCCUCUACCCCGCCCCCCUCCACCUGCACCAGCCUAUCAUGGUGAGCUCGGCGGUUGCCUACGACGACGAGCACCACCACCACCAGCAGCCCCACCCCCACCACCACCACCCGCAGCAGCACCGCAGGAGGCAGGAAGGCAGGGAGUACAAGACAGGACCCUCUACAAAGCCCUCCGAUACGCUGGGCGACUCCCUCCGGCACACGCACAAGCCAAUCAAAAUGGAGCCCCGGCUGGAUCACGCUCACGACCCCUACGGAAGCCACGAGAUGGUAUCGCCCUCAGCCACCAGCAUCCCGCGCUACUAUGAGGGUAACAACCCGUCUGUGAUCGUCCAGCCGGGGGCCAAGCACCCCCUGCCCCCCGACUCCCCCGAGACGCUGAAGAAGAGGCGUAUCCACCGCUGUGACUUUGGCGGCUGCCACAAGGUGUACACCAAGAGCUCCCACCUCAAGGCCCACCGCCGAACACACACAGGCGAGAAGCCCUACAAGUGCAUGUGGGAGGGCUGCACAUGGAAGUUUGCCCGCUCGGACGAACUGACGAGACACUUCCGCAAGCACACAGGCGUCAAACCGUUUCAGUGCCCCGACUGUGAGCGCAGCUUCUCCCGUUCCGACCACCUGGCUCUGCACAAGAAGCGCCACCUCCUGGUGUGAGGCGGAACCAAUACAGGAUAAAACAUUGGGCGAUGAUGAACGCAGCCCCGCUUCAAGACAGCUCAGGGGCAGCUGCAGCCCGCGGAGCUCCAUGGCCACUUUGGGCGUCCCGGCCGCCAUAUUGGACUAUACCACUCUUCAGUAACUGGCCUCAGGAGGAAGAGAGGAACCCGGACUUUACAAGAAGAACCCGUUCCUCCGUUCUAUGCACCUCUCUGUUGAAACUUCAUCUUGUUGAACUACAACAAGAUUAUUUACUACCUAACCACUUUAACAGCUUUUAUUUUUUUUAUUUUUUUUUGCCCUAACCCUUUCAACAAAACGAGCAGCCCCUCAGCAUUAGGACCUGUAGUGGCGAGGGAUGCUCUCUGAACUCUGAUCCGUUUUGAAGGCUCCAGUCUGUUUGAAUAAAUGGGCUCCAUCAGGCGCUCAGCUGGCCUGGGCGCCUGUGGCUCCUCCUGGUCGCCAUAGCGACCACAGCAUCAGCACCGGUUCAGUUCACUCUGCUCUCCUGGCAGAGGCACGCACCGCACCUAAGCAGAUUUUAAUGAUAUUAUCCACGCAUAUAUAAGCUCUAUCAUCUCUCCUCAGCUGUCCAACAUGUCCAGAGAAGUUUGUCUAGACCUUGGACUUUUUUAACACACAGAUUAACACGCGCAUGCUCUCACCUCACCAAUAUAAUGUGAAACUUACACAACGUUUAUAUAUGUGUUAACGUUCCUCCUUUUCUUUUGUUCCAUGCAGGAACGAUAUCUGAAUGUAAACGUCAUAUUAUGCCUACCAGUGUGCGUUGUGUUGUACAGAGAACCGGGAUACCGUUAUUAGCAUGGCUACAUGCAGUGUAUCUCUGUAGUUUAUUCCUCCUUCCUCCUUCCGGUCGACCUUCCAUGCGCUACAAUAUCACCACACACCGCACCUGCCUCGAUACCAGCCUGGAUCAUGAAGUGUCAAAAGGGACUGGUAGCUUAUUCACAAUCAAUUAUGCACAGUGACAAAUAAACAACCGCACACACAGACAUGCAUACUUGUACACACACACAAAUAAAGGACCUACUUAAAGAAAUAUACACAUACAUCCCUAAAAAACACAAUCAAACAUACAUGCACAUUCAAACAUGAAACAUGCACUUGUAGAACAAAAUAAGGCCUUCAUAAUUGGGUAGAAGAAUAUAGGUGUUAUUCAUUCCCAGAAUGUGGUUAACCUUUGUAUUGAGAAAUGUGAAAAGUAAAAUUAUUACACAAGGGCAUUAUUGUACAUUAAGGAUAUAAAUGGUUUAAGGGUAGAAGCAAUACAUUGUGUGCAUUACCAUUGACUUUGCGUGUGUGCAUCUAUGAAAUGAGAUUGUUGGUUUCUAAUGUGACAAAAUGGUGUCUUCUUUUGUUCUUCUUUAAUAUAUGUCAAGUGAUAGGCAGGUAAAGUUGCUCUUGUUUUUAUUGCCAGGAGCAGGUGAAGAGUUCUACUCCAAAAAGCGUUCAAGAUUUACCAGAUUAAAAAUGGCGAUUUCAUACACUCGUUUUUGUUAUAUUUUAUUAUUCAAUCAGAAUUUUUAUAUUUUUUGCCAGUCAUAUUUUUCACUGGCAAAGAGAUGGUUGCAAUUUUUCAGAAUAAGUACAACAAGAGAAUAUGCACUUUAUAUAAACAAAAACAUCCCCCUUCCAUGUACUUUUUGUAAUGGAAUUUGAUUGCUUUUGCUUCAUUGAUAAAUGCAUUCAUUAAUUUGAUUGCCUUUACUUUAUUGAUAAAUGCAUGCAUUAAUUUGAUUGCCUUUACUUUAUUGAUAAAUGCAUUCAUUAAUUUGAUUGCCUUUACUUUAUUGAUAAAUGCAUUAAUUAAUUAGAUUGAAAACAAUCAAGUCAGCCUGUGUUGUGGUGUUCAAAUGUGUCACUUUUAAACCAUAUCAUGCCAAGGGAGUGAAGAUCAGUUUGUUAUCUCACACACACACACACACACACACACACACACACACACACACACACACACACACACACACACACACACACACACACACACACACACACACACACACACACACACACACUGAAUGUAGCACCUCAGCUGAUCCACAAUAUAUACAUGUUGUGCCUAUUUGCUUUUUUGUAUCGCUUCAAAUUAUAUAUGUUGUAAUAUAUUUGAUAAAUAAUUGUAGACUGAAAGGGCAAUUACAGGUUUUUAUUAAGCAUGAUUUUGAUACUCCUAUAACAAAUGAUCAUUUUGAUACUGUUAACAGUGGAUAAUAUAAAUGUAUAUAAAGCUGUGUCUAUAUUAAACCUUGUCUUUUAAUCGAAAUUGGUAAUUCAAAGGGAACUGUGUCGAACUGUGAACAUAAUGUACAGCUCUAUUUGCGGUUUUGCAUAUUAUUCAUACUCGUUAUUAAAGUUAUUGAUAAUAUUUGUA